AUGGAUCCUUCAGAACGAGACGAGGUUCCCAUGUUGCAAGGUUCUUACAUCCAAUCAGAUGAAGGCUCGAAAAACUCUAUCACAAACAAAGGACUCUCGACCAGAACAAGAAGUGCAUCAAUGUCCAUUCCCACCAACUCUAUAUAUUCCUCCGAAUACGAACGAAGCCUCGUGGGCUUCACGGGUCCUUUGAGAACCGAAAAAGGGAGGAAUUCCAUUGCACAAACGAGUGUCGAUCUAUACGCUUUGCGCAGAAAGGCAAACGAGCCUAAAAUAGAGAGAUUUCCUUCUUCGAUUAUUGAUCGGGGGAAUGAUGACAGUGAUGAUUUCGUGGGGAGAAAUGAGAAUCUUUAUAAGUCCGGGCAGCUCGGAAUGUGCAGCGAUCCUUACUGCACAACUUGUCCGAUGUACGAUAAUGUCAAUGGCUAUAAGUAUAACAAAACUCCUCAGAUGUUGGAUGCAAAGUUUCACAAUAUGAUUUAUGGAGAUGCGAAAGGAUGGGCCAAGAGGAUGUAUUCUCAUAUUCAGCCGUAUAUUCCGGGAGUUAUGAAUCCUCACGCAAAAGUUGUUAAGCAAUGGAACAAAUUCUUCUUGAUUUCUUGCUUGUUCGCAAUAUUCUUAGACCCGUUAUUCUUCUUCUUAUUAUGGGUGCAGCAGGACAAUAAGUGCAUAGUUUUGAAUUGGCCCAUGACAACAACAAUUGUCAUCUUGAGGAGCAUAGCUGACUCCAUCUACUUCAUCCAUAUCCUUCUUCAGUUCAGGCUAGCUUAUGUUGCUCCCGAAUCUACAGUUACGGGAGCUGGAGACUUAGUUGACGAUCCUAUAAAGAUUGCACGAAACUAUCUUUUAGGAUAUUUUGUUAUUGAUUUCUUUAUUGUUUUGCCUCUGCCACAGAUUAUCAUCUUAAUGGUUUUACCUGAUUCGAUGGGAUCAUCUGGUGCCAAUUACGCGAAAAAUCUUUUACGAGCAGCCAUUCUUAUUCAGUACAUUCCCAGACUGUACAGAUUCUUACCUCUGAUUGCUGGUUCAUCUCCUUCUGGCUUCAUUUUCGAGUCUGCCUGGGCAAACUUUGUCAUGAAUCUUCUUACCUUUGUUUUGGGUAGCCAUGUGAUUGGGUCGUGGUGGUAUCUCUUUGGCCUACAGAGGGUGAACCAAUGCUUUCGAGACGCGUGUAGUGAAAGCUCGAUCAAAAUGUGUAUGGAGUUUCUCGAUUGUGGGCAUGGGGACAGACACGAGAGGUUCGGACGGGACUCAACAUGGGAACUGUGGAAAAACAAUCCAAAUGCAACGGCUUGUUUUAGUCGAGACGGUUUCGAUUAUGGAAUAUAUCAAAGCGCAGUCAAUCUUACCACACACAAAAGUAUAGUUACACGAUACAUUUACUCGUUAUUUUGGGGAUUUCAGCAAAUUAGUACCUUAGCUGGAAAUCAAGUUCCGAGCUAUUUUGUGGGGGAAGUUCUUUUUACCAUGGUCAUCAUAGGCACGGGUCUCUUGCUUUUCGCUCUGUUGAUUGGGAAUAUGCAAAAUUUUCUCCAAGCUCUCGGCCGCAGGAAGUUCGAAAUGUGUAUGAGACGACGUGAUGUCGAGCAGUGGAUGAGCCAUCGUCGCUUACCUGAAGCUCUUAGAAAGCAAGUUCGAGACUCGGAACGCUUUAAUUGGGCAGCCACUAGAGGAGUAAACGAAGAUAUGCUAAUGGAAAAUUUACCAGAAGACCUUCAAAGAGAAAUACGACGCCAUCUUUUUAAAUUCCUUAAGAAAGUCCGAAUUUUCCAACUCCUCGAUGAACCUAUUAUCGAUGCUAUGUGUGAGAGGCUACGAACGAAAACAUAUAUCAAAGGCAGUAAAAUCUUAUGUCGAGGUGGUCUAGUGGAUAAAAUGGUGUUUAUAAUCCGAGGAAAAAUGGAGAGCAUAGGCGAAGAUUUGAUCGUGGUCCCUUUAUCCGAAGGGGAUGUUUGUGGUGAAGAACUUCUCACCUGGUGCCUUGAACAUUCUUCUGUAAAUAAAGAUGGGAAAGCAAUCAGGAUUCCAGGGCACAGACUGUUGAGCAACCGGCUAGUGAGGUGCUUGACAAAUGUCGAAGCUUUUGUGUUACGAUCCGCAGAUCUUGAAGAGGUGACGAGUCUUUUCGCGCGAUUUCUGAGAAGUCCUCGUGUUCAAGGGGCCAUUAGGUACGAAUCGCCUUACUGGAGAGGACUUGCGGCUAAACGAAUUCAAGUAGCUUGGAGAUACAGACAAAAGCGAAUAAAUCGUACCGCGUAA